AUGGCUACCCUACCAUGUUGGGAUUCCCCUGUAGCAUUUAUUCGCGGAUUAGAUCGCAAAUACCUGCGUAUCAUGCCUUGCAAAUCCAACAACUUAUGCAGCCAUUGCAAAAGACUUCGCCUCUCAACGGAGAAGUUUAUGAUAAAUGACAACAAGCCGUCGGAUUUAGAGCCAUCUCUUGAGUCCUUACGGCUGGCUAACGAGCGAUUCUCUCUCAAGCCAUUACGAUAUCUUAAAGCCGCGGCUAAAGCAAAUACUUGCGAACUAUGCUCGAUCGUUUCUCACACCGUUCCAAAUGAUGUGGCGCUUUCAUACAAGAAUGCGGAAUGCCAUCUUGUUUGGGAGAUUGACGGUCGUGAUUCCGCUGCUAGUCGGCCUGGUCACGGGAGACGCAUACGUCGAUUACGGGUUCGCUGGUAUAACGUAAAUCUCAAGCAGUACAAUGCGUAUCUUGUAUUGGCUGCCCCUUCAAAAUUUAACGACUCAGACCUUGGAUACCGCGAUCUUUUGGGUGCCGAAGCUCAGUUUCUCGGAAGGCGCCUAGGACGACCGGUGAAUAAGCAAAGCUUAAUCCGAGCGUUCUUACAGCUCUGCGAACAACAUCACCAUGGUCGUUGCGCUGAACCGUUCGAGAUCGGGGGUGACAAUGUCAAUCCAUUUUCGGAACCCUAUUUUGGUGUCAUCAACAUCGAGGAUGAAAGUCUUGGCCACUUACCAAAGCGCGAUGGAAGCAACUGUUAUGAGGAAUAUGCGACUGUAAGCUAUUCCUGGGGCAAGGAAUCUAAUAAAGAAUAUAGAACAACCACCAAAAACGUCCAACAGCGGCUCAAAUCUGGUGGCAUGGCAGAAGUUAUUAGAUCUAUGCCAAAAGCACUCCGAUCAAGUGUAUGGCUUGUACACGUCCUUGGAAUUAAAUACAUAUGGAUCGAUGCAAUUUGCAUUGUACAAGACAGCAGUCACUCCUGGAACCUUAAUGCACUAUCAAUGCAUCUGAUUUAUGGAAGCUCCAUGUUGACUAUAUGCGCAGCGGAUGGUGAAAACGCAGAUGCUGGGCUAGUAGCGCUUAAAGAAAAAGAAAAGCCACCUGUUCAAGUAGUCGCAACAUGUGCGCCUGGAGUGGACUUGAUCCUUCAUCAAUCCCCUGAAGCAAGCAUCGAAAAUUCGACGUGGAACAGACGAGCAUGGACCUUUCAAGAACGCCUCCUCUCUAAGCGUUGCCUGAUAUUUAGGGAUGGUAGAAUUUACUUCCAAUGCCGCUCUACGAGUAUGUCAGAAGACAUUUUCGCGGAGCCUACGGGCUGCGGAUGGUCACUAGAUCUCAUACACUCCCCCCUGCAGAUGCUGUCGCAGUUGAAGGAUCGAUCUUUGUGGUUUUACAUUCGCUGUGUGUCCUUGUAUACCCUUCGAGAAUUAUCCGAACCGUUUGACAUUCUCGCGGCAUUUAGCGGCAUGUGUAAGUUCAUGCAGCGUACUUCAGUGGUGGCUCCGUUCAUAUUCGGCCUCCCGAGUUCUCAUUUCGACUUUGCCCUUUUAUGGCAACCAGUUGGAUAUUCAUCGAGACUAACAGAGUCAAAGCGUUCCAACGAGCCAAAAUACAAGGACAUGAAAUUUCCGACCUGGUCGUGGUGCGGGUGGAAGAGCAGGGGAAACAGGGGGAUCAGGUACAGAUCUGAACUGGUAGACGGAUGUCUGAGCGAUGUAUGCGCAUGGCACAGUGAUCACACCUGGAUUGAUUGGCACAUACGAGACGGCUACGGCACUCUUAGACGUGUUUGGGAUCGCAAUCGAGUCGGUAGCGAUAGAAGCGAGAACGUUAGAUGGAGAGGUUAUAUGGGAUCGCGAACCGACACACCUGGGUUAAAUAAUCCCUAUGGUCGUCGUUUCCUAGAUGGAGUAGAGAGAUGCUUUAAGGCUCCCCGAAACUUCGCAUUAACUCUUCCAGAAGAUCCGUACCACGUUCGCACAAGAGAGAACGGUGAUGGAACUGGCGGUAAUGACAACCCGGAGUUCCCCGACCAACCUUUUCUGCAAUUCUUCACUUGGAGAACAACAUUCCACGUUGUUCCAGUUACAGCCAACUAUGUUGAGGAAGAGCUAUGCCGCUGCCAUAUAAUGGAUCAACUUGGAGAUAAGUGCGGAUCUAUCCUCGUCGAUGCUCAGUGGCUGAAGGAACGGCAGGGAGCUCAAGACGCAGGCUAUUGGACUGCCUGGUCGCUCUUUACAGCCCCGGGAAGACUUGUUAAACGCAUUGGAAACCGGAGACCCGAAGAAAGUGUCCAAUUUAAAAAUCAAAAGAGUACUAAAUUCAGGUUUAUCGCUAUUUCAGAGGCUAAAUCAUUUACAGAGGAGGAGUUUCCUGACUGGACUUAUUAUAUACCUAAAGAAAGGUCGGAGUCGGAGUGGGACUUGUUCUAUGUUCUUUUGGUCGAAGAGUCCAAAACCGAAGGAUUUGAGAAGUGUUACCAUCGUGUAGCUCUUGGAAAGGUUUUUAAAGCGGCUUUUAGCCUGUCAAAGGAUGAAUGGACAGAGAUCAUUUUAGGCUAG